AUGCACCCUUUAUCAGAUCAUUUCGUACUGUCUUAUUACGCGUUGUGUCCAAAACUUCAAGACGCGAAGCUUUACGCUCCGGUAAUUCCCCCGCCUGUGGACGUCGCUGCGAUUCCGAACGAUAGAGAGAAGCGCGCCAAAGCCGCAGAAUCUCGACAAAAGCACGGCUCGCAGAUGGGUCCGAUUGACCACGUAGCAGAGAAU